UAGGCAACAACAGAAAUGCGUGGUUAGCCAAAAUCCAAAUAGUCUUCCUCCUCCUCUUCUCCCUAUUAAAAGAAAAAGAGAUGAGUAACUCCUCCUCCUCCUCGUCGUGCAGUUGGGAAUCCCUCCCAAAAGAGUUGCUAGAAAUCAUCGUUAAACAUCUCGAUUCUCGCAUUGACAUUUUACGUUUCAGAGCUGUUUCCACUUCAUGGAGAUCACUCGUUUCUCUCUCCUACCGUCAAUGCCAAUGUCAACUCACUCUAAAUUUACCUCCUCCCAUCAACACCACCGCCAUAUUAUCCUCCUUCACUAUUUGUCGCCUCGAAGAUCAAACCCCAACUUCAGCUUGUUUGGUUAAGGUCGUUGAAUCAACUUCAGGUAAAUUGCACCUUUUAAACCCAUUAAUUUUGACAAACCCCAAUGUCAAAAUUAUUCCAGAAAUUAACAAUAACAAUAAUAAUGAUGAAAUUGUUUUUAAAAGGAGUGUCAACAUGUUGAAUUUCCGUUUGAUUGAGUUAUUCAAAGGUUACACCUUACAAGUCAAGAAUUCUCCAUCUAGGUAUACUCUCAAGAGAGUAUUUUUGUUUGAUAAAGUUGGAAUUUUGGUAUUAUAUGAUUUAGGAAAAUUGAGGUAUUGGGGGUUUCAGGAUAAGAAUUGGACUAAUUUGGGUAUCGAAGGAACUUACUAUGAUGAUCUUAUUAUUUACAAGGGUCAAUUUUAUGUGAUUGAUAGUUUAGGGAUUAUAUCAUGGAUUGAUAAAUGUAUGAAUCUAGUUCAGUAUUCGCCCCCGCUUUGUGGGUUUGGUCAUCUGAAGAACUUAGUUGUGUCAGAUGGAGAUUUUUAUGUUGUUGAUUCUUAUUUGUGGGAGGAGGUAGCUGAAGAACAAGUGCCUGUGAUUUAUGGUGAUGUUGCCAGGUUUCAUAUUCGUAGGCAACGUCGUUGUAGGGUGGACAUGAAAGUGUAUAGGCUGGAUGAAGAAUGGGGUAGUUGGGUUGACGUGAAGUCAUUGGGAGAUCGAGUGUUUGUGCUCGGAAAAGAGACUAGCUUCUCUGUUUCUGUUAGGGAUUUCCCAGGUUGCCGAGGGAAUUGCAUAUAUUUCCUUGAUCCCAACUCGGAAACUCAAGGAGGGAAGUUGAGACGUUUCAUUGGGCGUGUGUUUAGAUUUGACAAUAGCAGCAUCAAAACGGUUGAGUGUUUCCCUGCCUAUAAACGCUUGUUCUCCCCGUACAUGAAUUGGCCUUUCACAACUUCAUUUAUCCCAUGAAAUCGAUACUGCAGGGCCUCCGUCCAUCCGGUUGAGCGUUUCCCUACAUAAAAACUCUUGUUCUCUACUUUAUGAUCCCCAUGAUAUUGAUAAAUGAACAGGGCCUCGAUGGAUCCUGCACCAGGAUGGUGUGUGGGUGCUCUGCGUGUCAUCCUGAAAUGCUCUGGAUGCACCUAAUAUUAAGGAGAGCUUUACCAGUCCAGCACCACCUAGCAAGCCCGGUCAACUCGUCCAGCCCGCAUGAAAACGCUCCAGCUCGCUCCUAACCAUGAAACACAUCAGCCCAGCCAGACUGAUCCACGAACCGUCACAAACCGGUUCAGACCGACGUGGGCCGAUCUCCUUGGACCAUCAACCAGCCCGCCAAGCCCGUCUAUUUCGCGGUCCGGUCAUGGUUCCCGUCCCAUAAGCCCAGCCCGCCAAGGCCCGCAACCCAGCCCAUCCAGCCCACACCACUCGCCACCUCUAUGUUUCAUUAAAGUGUUAAGCCCAUGAGAAGGCAAGACAGUAAUGCAAGUUGUUGAUAUUUAUAUGGAGGAGUAUCGUGGCCAGAAUUUGAGAAAAUCAACUUGGUUGGAAGUAAUUCCAUAACCACAAACUUUUCCAAAUCGUUCUAAUAGUAUGGGCUAUGGAGGUACACCGUACUUGGAUUCCAUGUACAAAAAGAAUCUAUACAAAAAAAGUGAAGUAUAUUCACUCCUUAACCCA